AACAAGCAUUUGUGAAUUGUGAACACAUUUUUCACUCCUUUAAUUAUUCAUCGUUCCUCUUUCCUCUUGUCUCACUGACACAGGAAGUAACAACAACAUGUGGAACUCCGAGGAGACAAAUGCAAAUGCAAGCACAGCACAAGACCAAGAGCAAGAAGAAGAAGAAUGGGAGACCAUGGCUCGAGCGUGGCUCAGCUCCUUCCCAGAAGCGAAGGAAGUGAGCAUGCCCGAGGUCGAAGCAUGGAUCGAUUCCAACCUCUCUUCUAUCCCAGAGGGUCUCCGAUCCAUGCCUCGCCCUGAUCUCUGUCUCAGACUCAUUUCCAUUCAGAAUUGCAUGAGGCUCCCCAAUCAGGAAAGGGAAGUAAAUCAGCUUGAUCUUCCACAUGCACGGUUUCAACGCACUGACCAAUGGAUUCCGGUUUAUUCAUGGUUAGAAACUUUAGAUAAGGAUGAAGUGGUUAAGUCCAAGGAGAUUUCUGAAUGGUUAACACAGAACCCUAAUAUCCAAGAACAGUUAUGCUUGAGGCAUUCUCGAUAUCAUUUGAUGCACUACGUCAAAAAAUGCCAUUUGAAGAUAUUAAAAAGAAGGGGAAAGAAGAAGGGUCUAGAACAGCCUGACAAAGACACAUCAUUGAAGGUUCAGAAAGAUGUGGUGAUGAAACACUCAGCCCCACUUUCAUGCAGUUCUAUGAACAAUCUGCCCAAAGAUAGCGAUUUGUUCGUGGCCAAAAGAAAAGAAGCCUAUCGCAAAUAUGAGAUUUUAGUGGAGUUGGAGAAGCUGCUCUCCCCAGUAUUCUCGAAGCCUCCUAGCAUAACUCAAUGAGACGGUGUCGGAAAUAUCUGCAGAUUGGUAUUUUCAGUGAAUGGGAACUUUCUGAUUCUGCCCCAAUCCAGUGGUACCCUUGUGCUAAUUGAUCUUCUCCUAAUUAUCAUUCUCUGAAGCAAUGCUGCCUCUCCUUGAGUGUUUACUUUAAAGCUUAAAGGGUAACUAUUUGAUGCAGGGGAUAGUAGAUUAUAGUUGUUUGUCUAUGUAGAAAGUAGUGUAGCAAAAUUUCGUCAUCAUCAUCUGGCCAUUACAUGAGCUUUGGAAAUCAUGAAUUAGAGUUGGUCCAGAGAUUUCCUGUUAUGAGUAAUUAAACAUUUUCAUGAGCUCCUGUAAGGUGAUCAUCAAAUGUUGUUAGUUGUUUAAACCUAGUCAACUGCUCUGCAUGGGUUAACAUCAAAUCUAGAACUUUCUGGUAUUCACCGGAUAGAAAGGGUGGCCUCAA